CCACCUCACCGCGUAGAUCAUGGCACGGGGUGUGGUAUUGAAUAUAUCCCAGCGUCCGAAUACAAGGGUGCUAGCUCGUACUUCACGUGCGUUCUUAUCGCUGAGCAAUACAUCUUCAUACCUCAACAUCAUGCAUAGAUAACUCAAACAUCUUCUCAAUUCUUAUCCAGCAUGGCAAUGUACGAGCGCCGCUCGUCCCUGCAAAGUCUUCGACGGCGACAGCUGGAGGAGACUGCAUCAGCCGACGACUCAGAUGGCCGCAAGCUGUCCGUCAAUCCGGUAGGCCAAUGGAUUCCGCCGGCGGCCAAACAGGAACCCAUCGGAGCAUUCGAGGUGUCCAGGAGCCGGAGGAUCGCGCAAGUUGGCAUCGCCGUCAUUUCUUGUUUGACUGCCGCUGGCAUCGUCUUUGGCUUUGCCGCUCUGAAGCCCACCCUCAUUUCACAAGGCGUGUAUCGGGAGCGAUGUUCAAAGCAGGAACUGGAGGACGACGUACCGGUGUGUUACGAACAAGAGCUGCGCCUCAAUCUCAUGUUCACCAUUGCUGCCGUCAGUACCAACGUUGCCGCUCUUCCCAUUGGCACCAUCCUUGAUCGCUUCGGUCCUCGAACAGCAAGUCUUAUUGGCGUCUUCUUCCUCACCCUCGGGGCUUUGUCCAUGGCUUUUGCUCCCGACCUGCCCUUCGACGCAUACAUACCCGGAUACCUCUUCAUCGCUCUCGGAGGUCCAUUUGUCUUCAUCUCCUCCUUCCAAUUGAGCAACGCUUUCCCCACACACUCCGGCCUCAUCCUCGCCCUCCUUACCGGCGCUUUCGACACCAGCAGUGCCAUCUUCCUCGCUUAUCGCCUGCUCUACCAAGGUAGUGGUGGCACACUUACUAUCCGCAAAUUCUUCCUCAUCUACCUCGUCAUCCCCGCCUUUAUCCUACUCUCGCAGAUCUUCAUCAUGCCCCACAACUCCUACAAAACCGUCAGCGAACUUGUGAAACAAGCUCAGGACCCCUCAAACGAUGCCCACGACUCCGACGACGAAAUUGCAGACGAUGAAUACCGAGCAGAUGUCCAAAACGCUCGGCGCGAGCACCGCGAAUCUGUCGUCUCCGAAAUCACCGCUCUUCUAGGAUCGAAUGCCGACGACGAGCAAACCGCAAAAGAAGAACAACAAGCCAAACGUUCCGGAGUCUGGGGCGUCUUACACGGCAGAUCCGCCUCGCAACAAAUCAUGUCCUGGUGGUUCGUGCUCAUCACCCUCUUCGCCGUCGUCCAAAUGACGCGCAUCAACUACUUCGUCGCCACAGUCUGGAACCAAUACGCCCAACUCCUGCACUCCCCCACCAAAGCAACCGCAAUCAACCACUUCUUCGACAUCGCCCUCCCCCUCGGAGGCAUCGUCGCCAUCCCCUUCAUAGGCCUGCUGCUCGACCACACCAACACGCCCUUCGCCCUCGCCAUCAUGGUGGCCAUCGCCACCCUCAUCGGCAUCCUAGGCUGCAUCCCGCAAACGUGGGCCGCGUACGCCAACAUCGUGCUGUUCGUGCUCUACCGCCCGCUCUACUACACCGCCGUCUCGGACUACUCGGCCAAAGUGUUUGGCUUCGUGACGUUCGGCAAGGUCUACGGGCUGCUGACGUGUUUGGCGGGGCUUUUCAAUUUCAGCCAGGCGGGGCUGGACGCGCUGACGCAUCGCGUCUUUCGCAAUGAUCCUGUGCCGGUGAAUGUGUUGUUGACGGGCGUGGUGUUUGUGCUGGGGACUGCGCUGGUGUUGUACGUGUGGCGCAAGAGCUAUACGAUUGAGAGGGAGAUGUUGGAGGAGGAGGCGGAGGGGGCUAGAGAGGUGCAGAUACCGAGUGUUGGUGGAGCUGGAUAUGGGACGACGUGAU